CAGCCGGGUGAUGAGUCGGAGAGAAAUUUAUUGAACAGGUUCGACAAUUUCGGGCGCACGUGUCUGAAAUAAUUGCGGAGGAGUCGACCGGACGAUCACCGCUUUGAAAGGAUUUCUUUUCAAGAAGAAUUUCAUUAUCUAGUGGGAAAUGGCAAAAAUAUGUCGAUAAUUUUCUCUUAUCUUCCUUGUCUCGCGGUUUUAACUUCCCCUGCUGGAGGAUAUGAAUGGGUGGUUUUGGUAGAAGAGACAGUGGUGGAGAUGUCGCGGAAGGUGCGGGUGCUGUGCUGGGUCAUGACCCAUCCGGGGAACCACGAGAGGAAGGCGAAGCACGUGAGGGAUACAUGGGGGAAGAGAUGUGACGUCCUUCUCUUCAUGAGCUCAAAGGAAGAUCCAUCCUUACCCGCUGUGGCAUUGAAGGUAGAGGAAGGUCGGAAGCAUCUGUCAAAGAAAUCCCACGAGGCGUUCCGGUACAUCUACGAGCAUCAUCUGGACGACGCGGACUGGUUCCUCAAGGCGGAUGAUGACACCUACGUCGUCGUGGAGAACCUCCGCUACAUGCUCCACGAUCGCAAUCAUUCGGAGGCUGUCUUCUUCGGUUGUCGAUUCAAGGGUUUCAUGAGCGGGGGAUCGGGUUAUGUGUUGAGCCGAGAAGCGGUGAAGAUAUUUGUGGAAAAGGCUCUAUCAAAUCCUAAGCGCUGUCAUCUUCGUGGGGCUGCUGAGGAUAUGUCUAUGUGGGAAUGCCUACAUUCAGUGGGAGUGAAGCCGGGAGAUUCACGGGACGAGUUGGGACGCUGGCGGUUUUUACCCUUCACCCCGGAAAACCACCUCAACCCCGGCUUCUUCGUGGGCAAGUACAGAUGGUUGUGGAAGUACACUUUCUACCCUUACAAAGAGGGACCCGAGUCUUGCUCUGACACAGCCAUAUCCUUCCAUUACGUCCCGCCCAAUCUCAUGCACGCUCUUGAGUAUUUCAUCUACCGCCUGCACCCCUUCGGCGUUCAGCAUCAGCCUUCGAUCUCGGCGGUUGUGGUCAAACCUCUGUCUUGA